AUGGGUCGGCCUGCAGCAGCAGGCGGAUCGCGGAGGCCGGCGGCCGGCAAUAAUGACGACGGCGCGGAGGUGUUCGACUUCCUGGCGGCGAUCGUUAACGAUAUGGAGCUGGCAAGUGGCAGGGCCGACAUGGAGUUGAGAGGCAAGAUCGAGGAGCUGCGAGCAGUCUCGUCAGCCAGCGUGGCGCAAACCAACGCAUCAAUGGAGCAGAUGCAGCAGCAGUUUGCGGCGUUGAGCCGGAGGCUGGGCGAUUUGGACAGGAGGGUGACGUCAGCCAUGCAGGACCCCACCAUGCGCCUCGUGCUGCAGGGCAGUGCGCCCCUCUUUUCCCCGACACUCAGGGAGGAAAGGGAGAGAGUGGAGGAGAGGGGAACUCAAGGGGAUUUGGAGAGGGGAGGGGAGGGAAGUCGGAGACAGGGAGACAUGGAGAGAGGCGAGGGGAGUCAAGGAGUGGGGAGGGAUGAGGAAGAAAGGCGGGAGGGAGGUGGUGAGGCGGGGGGAUUGGAGGGAAGGGAGGAGGUGGAGAGAUUGGUGACGACGAGAGGCGGGAAGGUGAGAGGAGUGAGGAAGGUGGGGGAGGGAGUGAUGGUGCUGGGAGCAGUGGUAAUGUUGGUGAAGGCACCAGCUGUUCUCGAGAAGGACGCGCAGCAACUGCAGCAGCUGUCCGUACCGUCGUCGUUCGAUUACAACGAGAAGAUGAAACGCCAGAUGGCGAACCCGUACGAGUAUCAUCACGAGCUCGGAAUCUACUACACACGCGUACACAAAAACAUAAUUGCCGGCUCGCAGCCGCAAACCCCUGCUGACAUCGACCGAUUACAAAAAGACGAAGGUGUGAAAGUGAUUCUUAAUCUCCAGCAAGACCAUGAUAUAAGCUACUGGGGUGUGGAUAUUGGAGGUAUUGUGAAGCGGUGUAAGGAGGUGGGGGUGGAGCAUCACAGGCGGCCGGCAGUUGAUUUUGACCCUAACUCACUAAGACGUGAACUCCCCCGAAUGGUUGCGGUUAUCGCGAAAGCUGUAGCGGAAGGGAAAACUAUAUAUGUGCACUGUACUGCGGGUUUGGGGCGUUCGCCUGCUGCUGUUAUCGCGUAUCUUUUCUGGUUCUCCGAACCCAAGAUGGACCUGAACGCCGCGUACGAGCACGUUACAUCUCUUCGGCCGUGCGGACCCAAGAAGGACGCAAUUCGGGGUGCGACGUACGAUUUGGCCAAGAACAGUCCGUACCAACCGCAAUUCGAGCAUCUGCCCGAUUUCGCAUUCACUGACGUGGCGCAGUGGGAACGCGACCUUAUCCGCCAACGGGUCUGGGGAUUGGUUUGA